AUGGACAGUCUCCUCUAUCGAACAGUGUGAAAAACAUAUUUUUUGAAUCGUUCUGAAGAAAUGGCUUGCGGACCCUAUGUAUAUCAGUUAGAAUCAGAUAAUUUCGCUACGCGGACUUUUUCGAAUUGGCGCCCAAACGCAUCGCAACCGCUUUGCACUAGAAAGAUUUACAGUAAAAGCUCUGAAACUGUUUUGAUUCGGAUUUUUGGACAACUGAUCUGUAUUAUCAUAUUGUGGAAAAAAUGACAGGACAUUUUUUUCUGUAAGAAUGAUGAUUAACCUUUUGUUUGACAAGCUUAACCUUUUGUUUGACAAGCUUAGAGCUUUUGGGCUCAACUCUCAACUAGUUAGUUGGUUCGAAAAUUUUCUUUCCGAACGUCAAUCUUGGGUUUUAUUGGAUGGACACGUUUCUUUCGACAGUUUUAGUAUCAAAUCUGGUGUACUCCAGGGGACAGUUACAGGGGCCUCUCUUGUUUUUUUAAUCUUCAUAAAUGAUCUAGCUGCAAAUUUCAGUGAUGACGUCUCCAGUUAUCUAUUCGCUGAUGAUCUUAAAAUUUUUCUCCUCUGACCCAAUUGCUCUUCAAAAAUGCAAUCAACCAACUUGCUAUGUGGUCCGAAACAUGGGGACUCCCAUUAGCUGAAAAACAAAACUGUAGCUCUCCAUCUAGGCAGAUCAAAUCCUAGGACAGUUUAUACAAUUAAAGGCUCUUUUAUUAGUUCUUCCGAAGUUGUCAGAGAUCUUGGAGUCAUGGUGGACAGUUCCCUACUUUUUCAAAUCUCACAUUUCAAAAGCAGUUAACACCUCUUUGCUCAAAAAGUAAACAAAUUCUGAAAAAGCUUUCGUUGUCUCACAAUUCAACAGUAUAAUAUGGUUUUCAACCUAUUCGUGAAACCUCACCUCGACUACUGCAGUGACGUUUUUCUAUCCCGCAAUAAAUUCCGAACAGGCAUAUCUACUCGAAAAAAACCUUAUAGGUAUUUCACUAGAGAAAUUUUUUUAUGCGCAGAAACUUAAGAUUCAAUUCAUAUUCUGAAAGAUUGCUCAAGCUCGAAACUAAUGCUUUGUACAGAAGGAGACUCAAUCUUGCACUCUGCACACUUCACAAAAAUUGUCCUCAAGAUAGAUCAUUUUUCCAAGCGCUCACAGGUUUUUUUCAGAAUCUCUCAUUCGGGUCGACAUCCUCUGCGGUUAAUUCAGGCUGGUCCUUUAUGUGAUUCUUUCUUUUCAAAACUGAUUCCAAUCUGGAACAAAAUCUGCUCUAGAUUCAACGUCUCUGUUCCUCCUAAAAUUUUCAAAUCUCAUCUGGACAACAUCCCCGACAAUGAAUUAUUCAUCAGCAUCCCUAGACGGCUACUAUGAUCUCAAAAAUCUCAAUAUGCAUAUACGUGUAUUUUAUCAACUGUGAUAUCUAUUGUAUUCCCCAUCCGGUGAGGUCACUCGUGAGGGUGACCAAAAAAACCGGUUCUUAACCUUAUUUAUUCUUUUUCACUUUGUGGAUGAGUAAAUUAUUAUUAUUAUUAUGAAAAACAAAUAUUUUCCUGAAAAUUUCCUACCUGCUUCUUCUCAGUACCCUAUGCCGCCUCACUGAUAAUUAUUUCUGUUUUCGAGUAUUCUAACCUAGGUGUACCCUCCACAAAAGUUUGGAAAAGUUAUGCGAUUUAGACCUCAAAGACCUCUCCAAUCAGAAAAUAUUCAAGAAAAAAGUUUCAACCUCAGGGAGAAGCCAAAUGAGCGGUCCUUACCUAGGGACCGCAAAGCCACGCCCCUUUUCGCGAUAGAAAAAGUGGCUUUUUUUUGGUUUUCAACUUUCAUUUUGUUGUAGUUGCAAAAUAUGUGGAACUGGAUAAUAAUUUUUGACACACAUGUACAGAAAAAGCUUCCUCUUUCGUUUAAAAAAAUAUUUCACGCUUUUUUUGAUGCGUUCUCGCGGAAUGUCGUACAAAAAAACGUGAAUGGAACUUAAAAUUUUUUUGUCAUUUUUUUGCUUUUUUUAUGUGUUUUUCAGGUCGAACGCACUCUUUCUUUUUUUAAAUAAUGAUUUUUGAUUCAAGUAACGGUAAUUUUAAAACAAUAAAAAUAGAAAAAUUCGUCUUUGCCAAAAAAAUUUUUAGGGAGUGCAGAAAGUCGUAAUUCAAAAAUAUCGUUAAUAUGCGAAUAUAAUCGAGUUUUUUUGUUUUUUUCAAAAUUUAGAUCCUGAGCUUACUUAAAUAUUUCUCUACAGCAUCUUUGCUUGAAAAAAAGUUGUUUAAUACACAAAAAAAUGCUCUUGAAAAAUAGAGAAUAAAAUUAGCGGCGUUUAUCAUACAGAAAGCGGUCGAACGCAGGUUUUUUUAAACGAUUAUAUACUUUAAUUAGUAAAAAAAUCUUUCAAUUAAAAUAAUAAAAUAAAAAAAUUCGUCUAAAAAUUUACGGGGCCGUUUAAAGGCAGCGAUCGUUAAACGAGGAAAAAAGCACUAAAAAAACAGUUUUUUUCGAAGUGAAUUUCCACGAAAAGUUCGAGUAAAGAUUUGUGAACAUAUUCUGAUAAAAAUAGCUGAAUUACUUCAAGUUUUUAUUUUUGAAAUAGGCAAUCUGUGCUAUUCAAACGGCUCAAGGGUAUGAGGGAUGGAAGCUCCCCUCGCUAGACCUAACAGCUUGGCGCAGCGCGUGCGCUGCGAUUUUUCAUUAUGAGGUCGCGAGUUCGAUGCCCGCAAGCGUCAGUUUUUGUUUUCUGGAAAAUACCGACUUUUUCGGCAAACUAGCUGAUGAGCAUCAUUUUAGAGCUCUAUUAUGAUUUCUUACAUCACAAUAGACCAGUAUCAAAACUUGUUCUAGAAGAAAAAAAUCGAGAAAAAAAUGUCAAAAUGGGUAAUACCAAAAUUUUCAGUACUAAAAAAAUGGUGCGCGGCGCGCCACAUUUUUCGUCAUAACUUUUUUCAUCCGCAAUCUUUUUCGAAAAGCUAAACGGUUCUGAGUUUUGAAUCGAAACAGCUAUCAAACCAUACAAAGCUCAAUGCUGAAAAAAAUUUUUUGAACAUUCGUCUGCGGUCCCUAUCCUUACUAAUUAUUUUAACAAAAUAUUCAUUUUCAGACGACCAACUGGGAAAAAGCUCACGAAUUCGAAAUAACCGAUUUGAAAGUUUGUCGAGUCUUCUAAAGCUCAAUAUAUCGACAUAAUUUCAGGAGAGGAUUACUUCGACUGCUCAAAAGUGCAGUGACCUGUCCAAGUUUUACGAGAAAAACGAAGCUCUUAUCGUAAAGUUGAUGCAACGCUCUGAAGCACCGUUCUUGAAAGACAUCAAGGUGACAUGAACAUUUUAAAUUAGGAAACGCACUCUUCGAAACUCCAAACUAAACUUGGCAUCUCGCAAUAAACUUGUAUAGUCAAUGUUUCCCGACUCGAAAGGCAAGGGAGGCAGGGCAGAGGGCGGGACGCGUAGCGUGUGCGUUCGCGGUUCUUGGCACAAGUUCAAUUCAAUCGCCAGCAGCUAUUUUUAGAGCUCGUUUAUCGCUCUUUUCAUUUCCUUUUAAAUUUUUCAUUUAUUUUUCUCAUGUCGGCAUUAAAAAAAUAGUAGAACAUAUAAAGAAAGAUCUGUUGCCGAGCUUUUUAAACAGUCGGCGACAAAUGAAUUGAACUCGUGCCAAGAACCGCGUACGCACACGCUACGCGUCCCGCCCCGUGCCCCGCCUCCCUUCUUUUCAAUCAUAAAAAAGAGGGUUGCUGAAAUAUUGAGAGAGCACGUUCAUGCUCUAAUCCAAGGGUCAAGGAGAAUAGAGAAUUAAGAUGAAAAAGAACUUUUCAAAUUCAAAAAGGUUUGACUCGUUACGUAAAUUAUAAUAAUUUUAUCUGAGAACUUUGAAAAAAAAAAAAGAAAUUCCCUACAAUAGCCCACAACAAUUCUCCUAACUGUCUCUAAAAACGUUUGGUUGACAAUAUUUUUUUUCAGGAGCGUCUGAAAAAUAUGUCUGGUUUGCUGCAAAAGUUGUCAGAAACCCUAGCGCCCGAACUGAUCAGCACAGCCAAGGUUUAGUUUCAUUCCACAUUUCACAGUCUAUUCAUAAAGAUCUUGGAGGCUCCAAUGUUACAGUAAACCUUAUUGCGCGAUUUCGCUUCAGGAACUUUCAGUGUCAAAUGAUCGCCUAACUAAGCCGAUAAGGUACACGGUAGCGUUCCGAGCUUCAGAAAAUUCAUAGAGAAUCAAAUAUGGAAACUUAAACGUCUCUUGAACGAAUCAUGUUUCUGACGACUUUUUUCAAAAGAUGGUCAUCUUUUAGGCUAGUUUUUAUGGCUUAAAAGCUUGUACUUGAUUAUUUGAAAAGAUCUGGAAUUUCCAGGACAAAACUGAAGAAUGGGAUGUUAUCGACAAGCUAUCGGAGGACGUGGAAAAAACGGCGCGAGAAAUUCCAUCAACUUACGAAUUGAAGCAAAAAUACAAGGGCUACACUGAAACGUCGGAAAAGUCCAAGGAAAAGCUCUUGGAGAUAUCUUCUACGUGA